AUGGGUGCUGGUCCCACUGUCAUCACCGAAGCUCUGCUGCCUGCGCUCACAUUCAUUCGAGACCAUGGUGGGAAGGUGUGUCUACUGGCGCACGUUAAUUGGAACAUACUCAUCUUCCGCCAAGCUCGGAUUACUCAAGACGACCUCAGAAUAUCGCUGUUUGCACCCCUGAUGUCACGGGUCGGCGUUUACCUCGGUGCAAAUGCGAUGAUUUCCGCCACUAUGUUCAUUGGAGCCUGGUACACACCAAAUAGCUACACGCAAGAGUCAAUCCCAUUCCUGACGGUUAUUACCUUUUCCACCUUAGUUAAACAACUCCAAU